AUGAGUUCUCCCAAUACCCCUUCAAAGCACGGCAGCCAUGGCCAGUUCCGUCGCCCUUCAUUCCUCUCCAACGAUGAUAGUCACAACCCCCUCGGCACGCGCAGUGGCCAUCUCCAGUCACUAAUCCGCAGUCGCUCUCAACAGAGCAUGCAAAGUCUGAGCAGCUCCCUCCCUGCGCAUUCUGGUGCUUUCUGGAUGGGCGACGAUGAGGAGACGGGAUUGCUUCGCCACGACAACGAUGAGCUUGGCAGAUUGCUUGCCGAUGAGCGCCGUCUAACUCAGCUGCUUCACGGUCCCCAGAACCGCAGCGCCAAGCUAAUUGGCCGAAGCAACCCUCGAUACCGCUGGGAGCAGUACUGGAGACCCGAGGAAGAAUUGGCUUCCAUGCCCAAGCAUCUGCGCGAUUACUAUGAGAGAACAAAUGAUCUCAUUCAGCAAUACCUGUACAUCGAUGCUCUCCUCGACUCGGCGAUCCCCCACGAUCUUCUGAACGAGUACCAGGCGGAGCUCGAUGCAUCUGCUUUCCGACCAGUUGAUGUACCAGAUACCAUCAACGAGGAGCCUUCGAUCAGCACAUCCGAGACCUCCCCUCUUAACACCUCGACUCCUGCCUCAAUCACACCAGGAUCCUAUGGCGCCAUCAGUGUCAAGCACAGCAACUCUUCCACCAAGCUUCCUGCUACUCGCACACCUCAAGACAUCUUCCGAUCGUCCGAGAACCUGCCUCUGCUGCAGCACCAGGAUCACGAUGAUGAUGAAGAGCACGAGGUACAGCCCUCACAACCUGCUAGCAAGGACGACGAUAACGGCCCCAGGCCUUUGUUGCCAUGGCUAGAGGAUGCUGAAAUUGACAGUGAUGAUCCUAUCGUCACUCUGGCUAUCUGGGUCAAUUUCAUUGCCAACGCCGUUCUCCUCGCCGGAAAACUUGUCGUCAUCAUGUCCGUCCCCUCUAUGUCGGUUCUUGCCAGUCUGGUCGAUGCCGUGCUAGACUUUCUCAGUACUGUUAUCGUAUGGGUCACAACACGUCUUAUUUCUUCCAGCCAGAGCGACCAACACAGUUAUCCUGUCGGUCGUCGCAAGCUCGAACCUCUUGGUGUUCUCGUCUUCUCUAUCAUCAUGAUCACGUCUUUCUGCCAGGUUGGACUCGAAUGUAUUCAGCGCCUCAUGAGCCCUGAGCAUCCUAUUCUCGAACUGGGUGUUCCCGCUAUCGCAAUCAUGGUUUCUACUAUUGUCAUCAAGGGUGCAUGCUGGAUCUGGUGUCGCGUCGUUAAAAACUCGAGUGUCAGGGCACUAGCGGAAGAUGCAAAGACAGAUGUUAUUUUUAACACUGGCUCCAUCCUGUUCCCCAUUAUCGGCUUCUACGGACGAGUCUGGUGGCUCGACGCCUUCGGAGGAUUGUUCCUCUCACUCGUAGUCAUCUUUAACUGGAGUCAAACAUCAGCGCACCACGUUCGCAACCUGUCGGGCUUCUCAGCCCAGCCUGACGAACGUAACCUCCUGUUAUACUUGACGAUGCGCUUCGCCACAGCCAUUCGUCAGAUUCAGAACUUGCGCGCAUACCACGCCGGCGACAAGCUGUUUGUUGAGGUCGAUAUUGUGCUCUCUGCCGCGACACCACUCAAGGACAGUCACGAUCUUAGCGAGGUUCUCACCUACUUCCUUGAGUCUGUGCCUAUCGUCGACAGAGCUUUUGUUCAUGUCGACUACACGAGCUACAACGCCCCAACUCAUAUGCUCAAGGGAUCCGCUGCGAAGCCGAAAUAA